AAGGCUCGGAUUUGCUCUACGAUUACCAGUGGUUGGGCGACGACAUGAAGACAUUGAAGGCUGUGGCCGACGGCUCGCACGCCAUCAACAAACGUCUCGCUUCGGCAAAGAAACCGCUCAUUAUUUUGGGCCAACAGAUACUUCGCGCCGACGGCGACACCAAUGCCUACGAUUUGGUCAAAUAUAUCGCUCACAAACAUAACGUUGAGUUCAAUGUAUUGCAUAGCAAUGCAUCACAAGUGGCCGCAUAUGACUUGGGUUUGAGAAACGAUUGCGAGUUUACGCUCGAAGAUAACGGCGAUCCGGCGCUCAUUUGGCUCUUCGGCGUCGACGACAAGAAUUUCAAGACACCUAAAAAUACAUUUUUGAUUUAUCAGGGACACACGGGUGAGUUCGGCGCCUCACAGGCCGACGUUGUCCUCCCGGGCGCCGCCUUUACCGAAAAGCAGUCAAUCUAUGCCAAUAUGGAGGGCCGCGCGCAGCAGACAUUGGCAGCCAUUACGCCGCCAUCGAUGGCCAGAAAUGACUGGAAGAUUGUUAGAGCGGUGUCUGAAAUAACGAAUCACACACUCGGUUACGAUUCGCUCAUUGAGUUGAGGCAACGAAUGAAGGAAUUGUCACCCAAUUUGGUCUAUUGUAAUGAAAACACGCGA